CUCUCCCGUACUGCCAGUAUUAAUUCAGAGCGGGUGGCGUUCUGUGUCUUAGCCGUGCAUGCUGGAAAGGAAUAUAAGCCUCGCUACCUCUCCUCGUUCUUUUCUACUUUUUACCCCCUUUCACACCUCCUUUGCCUGUUUGCUCUGUUGCCGAAUAACCUUCUCCUGUCCUCCUAGUCAUUGUCGGGCUACUAAAUCCUGUCUGUGCAUUGUUCUUAUUUCGUUUCCUCUGUACUAUUCCUUGACACUUUGUUGCUCUGCGACGGCGCUUUGCGUCCCCUUUUUUGCGCUCGGCGCUCUUUACAUUUGUUGUCCAUGUUUCUGGUGAAAGCUCCAUGUCGUUCACCCCGAGUUUUAAACGAAGCUGACGAACCCGGAUGCUACGAUGAGCAGUCUCCUAUCCUGUUUCCGUUUUACUUCGACCCCUUGUAUCAUCCUGAAUGUCACUCUGGUGUCUUAACACCCCAAACGGUUGCUUCCUGGCUUGAGCAGUGUUUUUCUU